UCUUCAAUUUUCUGGGUAUGUGAGAAAUAGGUGUGUUUAAACGUAAUUUUUAUAACUCCUCAUGGUCGGAAAUUUAAAAAGAUUCGAUAAUUUUUACCCCAAAUUUUCUUUUAGAUUUUGUACAUUAACGAGUUUAUUUCAAGUGGUUCGUAAGUUAGUUCUUUCGGAAAAAUUUUCAUUGUUGUUUCCGGUUUCAUCAUGGAAACUUACUUUGCUAAACUAAAUCUUAUUGAUAACAGUAAAUGGCUUGAAUCCUUUCGUCUGAAUGAUAUUUUUAGUCCAAGUUUUGUUUUUAACGCAGACUUUGUAUGUAGUGUUGAAUUUUUAUUGUAUUGCAUAUGUUUUAAAGAACGCGACAACAUGACGCAAGAGAUCAUUCAUCUGCGUAACAGCUUAUUGACGAAGGACUUUUAUAGAACUUCUUGGAACUGCCUUAGUUAUUGGAUAAAAUAUUACUUCUCUUAUUUGAAUGAGCAAUCCCCCAAUUAUACUUCCGUGAUGCUCAAAGAAUUAGCCAUAAUUUCUUUGAGAGAAAUUUCACGCUCGAAAAUUUGUACAGCCCUAAAUGAUCACAUAUUUGAAAUUCGCUGUCUUUUUCUUCGUAAUUAUAAUUCUCAUAUUGCUUUAAAAGAUAUUAAUGUCAAUUGCGAGUGUAGAAAACAAAAACUGGACGACGUAUCCAAGUGUUUUUGUUCUUGUCCACAAAUGUAUAUCUGUAACGACGUAAGAAAGAAGACUUGCAAAGACGUUGAUAAAAAAUUCUCUAAGCGUCAGAAACGAAAUACUGUUGCCUUUAAAAUCGUUGAAGACUGUAAAGUAAUUGAUGAUGUUGAGACACAAUUAACUUGUUAUGAUGCAUCUAGUCCCAUAUUCAUCCCAGUACAAAGUAAUAUAUUGCAGGAAGAUGACUGGGCAAUUGAUUCUGAAAGAGACUCGAUUAAACUAUUACAUCAUAGUAAAUGUAAUGAUGACAUUUUAAAUUCUUAUUCUAGAAGCAUGUCUUACUGUAUUCAAAAGUCUUUAGGUUAUAUGGUUAAUGACUCAAAUAGUGAUAAUAAAAUAAUCUUGCUUACUCCUGCAACUGCUCCUGAAAGUAAUUGUAGAUCACGUGGUCAACAUCAGGAGUCCACUAUGGGAAAUUUUAGUGAUGAUUUAAAUUCAAAUCGGGAAACUGAAUCAGAAAAAGACUUGGUUGGAUUGUUACAUCAAAGUAAAAGUACUGAUUCCAUUUUGGGCUCAUAUGUUAAACACAUGUUUUAUUGUGGUGAUGAAUCCUCGGAUGAUUCUGAUAAUGACAGUGUUUUGUUCACCUCUCAAGCUAAGUCAAAAUAUAGUGAUAAGUCAUUUUUACAUUAUCAGAAAUCUCCCAUAAAGUAUUUUAGUGAUGAACAAGUUUCCAGUGAUGAUGACAGUGAUGUAAUUACACAUUUUGUUUCUGCUGAUGAAAAUAGUUGUAGGUCAGUUUUGCAACAUCAGGAAUUCCCCAUGGAACAUUUUCGUGAACAUUUAGAUUCAAAUCAUUGUAAAAUCAAACCUCAACAAGACUUGAAUGAGCCAGUACAACUAAAUAAAAAUAUUUAUCCCAUCUUAAGCACAUAUGCUAAAAGCAUAUUUUAUUGUGGUGAUGAACCAACAGAUGAUUCAAGUAGUGAUAAUGAUAGUUUUUCUUUCAGCUUUCCAGCUAAGUCAGGAGAUAGUGAUAAGUCAUUUUUACAGUAUCAAAAAUUACCCAUAAAAUAUUUUAAUGAUGAAAAUAACUCCAGUGAUGGUGAUAGUACCAUAUUACAUUUUGUUUCUGAUGAUGAAAUUACUUCUAGUGAGGACGAGAGUAUAAAAUUUUCAAAUUCCAAUGAGAAUUUUCAGUGUGAGUACAUUCAACAUUUUGAUGAUGGUACUAAAGAGUGUUUUGAUAAGUCUAGAAUUAAGUUUCUGAACAAUGGUUAUACAGAUGAUUAUAAUGAAAGUAAAAGCUGUUUUGAAGGUUAUAUAAAUCCUUGCUUUGAUGAUGAUAUGCUUUGUUCCUUUGGUGUACCUUACUAUAUUCAGAAAAUAAAUGAAGAAUGGAAUUGUAUGAUGCAAGAUAUUGAAGGCCAUCCAAGACAACCUAGUCGAGUUUCAUUUGCACCCCUCCCUAACUUAGUUACUGUUCAUUGCAUUGAACAGGAGAAUAAUGCACAAAUUGAUGCUUUUGAAUUGGACAGAAUCCGUUUCCGGCAUCGUAUUAAUGAGCUUAAUUCUAAAUUAGCACCCUUUUUAUCUGACAGUCAUCGAACAAAGGUGCUACAGAGAAACAUUUCUUAUACAUAAUUUUUCAGUGAUCAAACUCAAGCAGUGCAACUAAAAACCCAUGAUCAAUUAUUUAUGAAUGUAUAAAUGUAUUAAUGAGUUGAAUUUUAAAUUAGCACAUUCUUUGUUAUCAUAGUCAUAGAGCAAUGGUGCUAGAAUGGAAUAUUUUUAUAUUUAAUUUUUGUAGUGAUCAGAAUCAAGAACUGCACCUAAAAAUUUAAUCAUCAGUUUUUUCUAAAUAUAUGCAUAAAUGUAUUUUAAUCCGAUUAAUCUUUAAUGCACUUUUUAAUAAAUUAUACAGUAUUUUUUUA